AUGCCUCCCAACCUCACCGGCUACUACGGCUUUGUCUCACAGAAGAACAUGGAGGACUACCUGCAAGCCCUAAACAUCAGCAUGGCUCUGCGGAAGGUAGCAUUGCUGCUCAAACCAGACAAGGAGAUUGACCAUCAGGGCAACCACAUGAUAGUGAAGACCCUCAGCACGUUCCACAACUAUGUUCUGGAAUUCCAGGUAGGAGUUGAGUUUGAGGAGGAUCUAAGGAUCGUGGAUGGAUGAAAAUGCCAGACCAUUGUAACCUGGGAGGAGGAGCAGCUAGUAUGUAUGCAGAAAGGGGAGGUCCCCAACCGAGGCUGGAGACACUGGCUGGAGGGAGAGAAGUUGUAUCUCGAACUGACUGCAAGGGAUGCAGUGUGCGAGCAGGUCUUCAGGAAGGUCAAGUAG